GGCCGCACGCCGCACGCCUCGGCAUCGUCCGCGUCUAAAACAUCGCGUAGAAAGUCGCGCGCAUGCUACGUGAAACAAAACAAAAUAACUAUUCCGAAUUCAAAAAAAUACCUAUAAGUAAGGUGAUUUUUUAUAAAGUGUGUAAAAAACUAAAAAGGACUUUUUUGUUAUUAAUUGGAAAUAUUGAAGCAUUGGUUUUAGAAAAGCUGAUUACUUUUUCAGUUUUUAUAAAUAAAGUAGAUACUUAUUUUAAAAUUCACUUGAUGAUGAUGUAUACUUAAAUGAAGCUAAAAGUACUGCGGGAUGGCUAAAGAUAGAUGCUAAUAAAAUCGUAUCCGUUUAUCAGUAGGAAAUAGACCAAAUAAACUUCACUGAAGCUAUAAAACUGUAAAGCGAGUCGAACGUGGAGCUAUUGUGGACAUAGAGUGAACAUUAGUGCGGUAGGUGAACACAGACGUGAACAGUGUAUGUCUGGCAGGCGGAGAUCUAGUGAAAGUUAAUAAUUUCCUGCAUUUAGUGUGGGACAGUCCAUCAGAGUGCUCAGUGCACACGAGACAAUGGACCACCUGUUCCGGCAGCGACGGAUCAGCGUGCCCAAGCGGACGUCAGAGCUGGUCGCGCUGGUGGCGGUCUCCUGCACGUUGUUCCUGUUCCUGCACACGCGGGACCUCAGCACCAAGCUGCGACGCAUGCAGCGACUCAACGAUGACGUCACCGCCUUCAACCACCUCACUGACAGAGUGCCGACGGAUCGCACAGAGCACGCAUUCGCUUCCGCGCAGGAAUACAGAGACAAUAGAAAUCAGAACACGAUAGAAACGGGUCCGGAACCCGUAUCGGACACGGACAUAGAAGAAUCGCUACCGGAGCCGUGGCAGCUGAACAACACGGCGAGAGCGGGCGUGGAGCUGCUGGUAUUCAACCGGGUGCCUAAGGUCGGCAGCCAGACCUUCAUGGAGAUGCUGCGGCGACUGUCCAUCAGGAACGGAUUCGGUUUCCACCGCGACUCGGUGCAGCGUGUGGAGACGAUCCGGCUGGCGCCGCCGGAUCAGCUGGCGCUCGUGCAGGAAGUCAUCUCCCUGCCCCUGCCCGCCUCCUACGCCAAACACGUCUGCUAUACCAACUUCACCAAGUUCGGCUAUCCGUCACCGAUCUUCAUCAACGUGGUUCGCGACCCGGUUGAGCGCGUGAUAUCAUGGUACUAUUAUGUCCGCGCGCCCUGGUACUAUGUGGAGAGGAAGCGGGCCUUCCCUGACCUGCCGCUGCCAGAUCCCAACUGGUUAAGAAAGGACUUUGAGACGUGCGUGCUGAGUGGCGACCGCGAGUGUCGUUACGAGGAAGGUGUGACCCACGCGGGCAUCGGCGACCACCGCCGGCAGACGCUGUUCUUCUGUGGACAUGACGCGCCCUGCAUGCCUUUCAACUCAGUGGAGGCGAUGCAGCGCGCCAAGCGCGUGGUGGAGGAGCAAUAUGCGGUGGUGGGCGUGCUCGAGGACAUGAACUCCACGCUCACGGCGCUCGAAAGAUACGUGCCCAAGUUCUUCGCCGGCGCCUCCGACAUGUACUGGAAGGGCCUCAAUACGUUCAACCGCAUCAAUCGCAACACGUUCAAGCCGCCGGUCUCGGAGGCAGUGAAGCAGAUGGUCCGCGCGAACUUCACGCGGGAGAUUGAGUUCUACGAGUUCUGCAAACAAAGAUUGUAUCUACAACUGAAGGCACUAAGAGACCCCAGUAUUGUGCUGCCUACGACCUCGAGGAGUCGAAGGUCGCAACCCUUCGGGCGACUCUAGCCCACACCGCCACCAAGCGGUUCAACACGAGUGAAUAAUACAAUACUGUUUAAAACGUUCCAGGACAGAAGGUCCUCAAGUAAUGUCCCGAUUAAUAGCGUUCUACUGUUAAUUAUGAAUAAAAGGUCAAUGCAAUGACCUGUAGUCUGUGUUACGGAAGUUGUAUAGUACUCCAUCAAACUUUUGUGGAGUAAGGGCCAAAUCGAACGGCUUAAAAACUUGACAACUGGCAGUCUACCCAGACACCUCCACCAACCUGCAGUGCUAUAGCGAGGUAGGAUAAGGGGAAGCCUAUAUCCAUUAACAUGACCUAUAUAGACAGAAUAUUUAUACUUUUAAUUUAAACAAAUGUAAACACGAUGACAGUACACUAACUUAUAUAUUGAAGAAAUUAUCUUCUUCUUCUUCGUCGUUCCCUCACUGCUAAGGAUCGCGACCACAGGGUAUGGUUUUCCACUCGCUAUGGAACAAAAUAUAGACAGCAGCAAUUUAUAAAAUCAUAAAAGCCUUGUUGUUGUAAAAAGGAACGAAAGAUAAGAAAGGGCGAAAAGUUAAGUAAAUAUGUUGUUGUUUAUUAUACAAUACUUACUACUUUUUCAAUCACCCUCAAUCUUCCAUAAGCUCAGCUUACUACUCAGCCUUGGUUUUAAAUAAAUAAAGAAGUAUCAUCAGUCACUCGUUUUGAAACGCCCCUAGGAUUGCAUUUAUUGUGUCAACAGUGCAAAGCUUUAACAUACUGACAUAAAGUAAAAAAGUGUAAAGAAUCGCUAGUUGUAAUUAAAUCGUAGGUAGUUCCGUGAAAAAUUUUUCAGUUUCGUGACUGUUGAAGCAAGAAAAAUAUUCUCAUGAAACAACAUUAUGAGGCUUAUGAAACUAUACUCUAUGUCAAUUAUAAUUAAGAAAAACACGUUUCAGAGUAUCAAAAAAGAAACAAAAUAGGUGCACGGUAGUGUGUUAGCCAAGUGAAAUUUUAAACUAACUACUUUUAAAAUAUUCUUUCAAGGAAUUGAAUGAGUAUUGGAAUUGAGACUUUAUAUUUUUGUAAGGUUUUAUAAAUAAUAAUAUUUAUACGUAUAAUGGCUGAGGAAAAGAGUACUUACGUUUUGUUGUGAUUGUUGGACGUUUUCCUUCGAUGCGUGACUCUACUCGUACUAGUGAAUUUACGAUACGAUAAGUGUGAUUUGGUUAUUUAUUGUUACAUUCUUUAACAAUUUUAUUUUGUAAAUUUAAGUUAAGUAGUAGUUUCGGUAGAAUAAUGAACGAAUUACGCAAAAAUGCAAUAUAGUUUACUAUUAUAUUUGAUUAAGUUAAGCUAAACUAAUUGCCGAGAAGUAACGUAAACUAAAGUUCAAUUUUCUAAAUUAAAAUACGAUCUCCUAUAAACGAAAACUCAGAAAAUGAUCAUUUAUUUACUUAAUAAUACAAGUUUACACUUCAAAUUACAGUCAACAAUGUAAUUUAUCGUAUAGUAUUUGUCGUGUAUCGUAAGUAAAAUAACAUUGGAUUUUUCAGAAGUUGUAUUUGAACUUGGUGUUAUUUACUAAUUUAUUUUGUAAAUUAAUUUACUUGAUUAGUUCGAGAUUGUCCAAUAAUUGUGAUACCUAUAGAUACAUACUUCGCCUUUGUAUAAUAUGCCAAUAAAUUAAUGUUAAGUGUCUACCUAACCUAACCUGUAAAUUAAAUCACUGUAAUUAUGA